AAUUGCAGUCGAUAGCUCCAAACGAGACAAGCUCGACCUCACGCCAAUCGCCCUUCUCCAAAUCACCGUACAAACGACUGCCAAAUCCGGACUUCACGACAACACCCGCCGUUACCUAUCACACACAACCAAAUUGAAGGCAAACCAUGUCGUCGAUUCUGCCGAUAAUCACCUUCAAGGCUGGUAUCUGCGAGGCAGACACCUCCAGCAAGCCUUACAAGAUCAAGCCGCAGGCGACACCUGGCUACAUCUACCUCUACUCCGAAGAUGACUUGAUCCACUUCUGCUGGCGAGAGCGCACCGCCACCAUGGAGAACCCCGAUCUCGACCUCGUCAUGGUGCCCAUGGACGGUGAAUUCGUCGCUCACGCUGCCGCCGAUCAACCCUCAGCAAAGACAAACGGUCGCGUCUUCGUCCUCAAGUUCGGUUCUUCCUCCCAGAGACACUUCUUCUGGCUUCAGUCCAAGCCUCAGUCGCGCAACGGAGACCCCAGCUGGUUCAGUCCGCGCGACAAGAAGAUUGGUGAAAUUGUCAAUGCGCUUCUUCAGGGCGAGGAGGUCAACGUGAGCCGCGAACUGGCACAAGUCCGCAACACCGACGACAGGCGGGACGAUGACGAUGACGAAACGAUGGAAGAUGCUGAGGGCCAGGGAGACCGGCACGAACAGUCUCAGGGAGGCAGCGGCGGCGCUGGUGCUGGCGCCACAGGAGGCGAUAUUAGAGAAGAAGGCGAGAAUGCCAGAGAAGGUGGAGGUGAUGGAGCACGAGCCGCCGCUGGCGGCUCCGAUACUGACGCAGAUGCUGCCGUUCGAAACUUCCUCGCAUCAUUACAAGGCAACGCCAGCUUGAGUGGAUCACAGCAAAGCGGGCAGCAGCAACACGCAGACAAGCCUUUCCCAUACCUCAGCCACCUUCUCCCGAACGAGAUCACCAUUCCGAUGCUUCGAUCGGCGUCGGAGGAGUUCAUCGACAGCCUCCUGAGCUUUCUGCCUCCCGCAAUCGUCGUACUUGCCACGGAGGCAGACGACUUGGGUGACUCUGAGCCCACGGCGGACGCUGCUGCUGCUGCCACAGCCACUUUGAGCCUUGCAGAGAAGAAGAGCCUGCUGGAGAGAGUCCUUAGAAGUCCUCAGUUCCACCAGGCACUUGGAAGCUUGACUAUGGCGCUGCGCGAUGGUGGUCUUCCCACGAUUGCGGAGGCUCUUAGCGUCAAGGUGCCCAAUGGUGGUUAUAUGAGGGGUGGUGCUAUGCCCUUGGGCGGCGGCGAAGCGGUCGAGGCCUUUGUCGAGGGUGUCAAAUCAACCGUCAAGGAGAAGAAGCAGGGUUAGUCCAGGCCCAUAGGGCACAUACGGCCUGGAAGUUGAAACGAUAGAGAUCGACACGAUAGACUGCCUGAUAUUCAGGUUCUCGUCUGCCAUCUAGCAAUGAUUACGAUGUAUCUUGUGAAGGCUCUUUCCCCUGUGCUUCAGAUCGAGUACAAGAUCUUCAGGAUAAAACUGGCAAGAAGGCAUCCCGUAAAUGUCUUGAGCUAAUUUACUGCGUGCGUUC